AUGGCGAUGCUGCCAGCGGCGAUUCAGGCGGACAAGAAGGCGGCGGAUUACUAUGUGCAUUCCCUGCCAGGGGCGCCGGAACCGUUGCUAAAGAUGCAUGCUGGACACAUUGAGAUUACACCCGAACAUAACGGCAACCUUUUCUUCUGGCUGUAUCAAAACAGGCACAUCGCGAACAAGCAACGGCUGGUUAUAUGGUUGAAUGGGGGUCCAGGAUGCAGCUCUGAAGAUGGAGGCUUAAUGGAAAUUGGACCCUACCGUGUCAAGGACGGUAAGAAUGGGCCCAAAUUGGAGUACAACGCGGGUUCCUGGGACGAAUUUGCAAAUGUUUUGUUCGUAGAUAAUCCGGUUGGUACAGGCUUUAGUUUCGUCGACACGGAUAGCUAUGUUCACGAGUUGCCAGAAAUGGCAAACCAAUUCAUACAGUUCUUAGAGAAAUGGUUUGCGCUGUUUCCACAGUUUGAGAAUGAUGAUAUAUAUAUUGCAGGAGAAUCUUAUGCCGGACAACACAUUCCAUAUAUUUCGAAGGCAAUUCUAGACCGAAACAAGGCAGGGGGAAAACACCCAUGGCAACUGAAGGGUAUGCUUAUCGGCAAUGGGUGGAUUUCACCAAAGGAUCAGUACAAAGCUUACCUGGCUUUUGCAUACGAGAGGGGGCUGGUAGAGCGAGGCUCGGAUAUUGGGAAGAGACUCGACAAGCAAGACGCUAUUUGUGCAAAAGCGCUGGAAGAGACUGGGGGACACGAUAGUAUCGACAUUGGAGUUUGCGAAGCGAUCCUACAGGACAUCUUGCACGAGACAAUGACCACGAAAUCAGAUGGUACUUCUGAGUGCUACAACAUGUACGAUGUCAAGCUAAAGGACUCCUUUCCUAGCUGUGGUAUGAACUGGCCCCCGGAUUUGGAGGAAGUUACACCUUAUCUUCGCCGUCAGGAUGUCAUUGCCGCGCUCCAUAUCGACCCUGGAAAACGGACUGGAUGGACCGAGUGCAAUGGAGGUGUUGGAAGUGCUUUCAUGGCCUUGAAGUCCAAGCCCUCGAUCCAAUUCAUGCCAGAUCUUCUCAAGGAAGUCCCGACCAUACUUUUCUCAGGCGCUGACGAUCUCAUCUGCAACCAUAUUGGUACGGAAGAGCUGAUCAGCAACAUGGAAUGGAAUGGUGGCAAGGGCUUCGAGAUAUCCCCUGGUACCUGGGCUCCAAGAAGAGAGUGGACCUUUGAGGGUGAAAACGCUGGAUUCUGGCAAGAGGCUAGGAACCUCACCUACGUGCUCUUCUACAAUUCGUCACAUAUGGUUCCGUUCGACUACUCUAGACGCACUCGCGAUAUGCUUGAUCGGUUCAUGGGCGUAGAUAUUGCCGGCAUUGGUGGUGUCCCGUCCGACAGCCGCAUUGACGGCGAGAAGGGUCUCGAGACCUCAGUUGGCGGCCACCCUAACAGCACUACAGCCGUCGCAGCCGAGGAAGAAAGACUCCAGGCUGCCAAAUGGGAAGCAUAUUAUAAGUCCGGUGAGAUCGUCCUCGUCAUUGUGGUAAUCGCUGCUGCAGCUUGGGCCUACUAUGUCUGGAAAGACCGCCGCAAACGCGCAGGAUACAGGGGUAUCUUCGGAGGCGAGCCCAUGACUCUGGGCGGUGCUCGAGAGAGCGUCAGAGGAGGCAUGGGUUUGGAGAGCUUCAGGCAUAAGCGGCAAAGCAGAGACGUGGAAGCCGCUGAUUUUGACGAGAGCGAGCUUGACGAGCUGCAUGUGCGUACCCCAACUGAAGAGGAUAUGGACCGGGAACGUUACAGUGUGGGAAGUGCUAGCGAUGACGAGGAUCUGAACCCGGGGAACGGCCACUCGAAUGGCAAGGAGAAGAGAAGUGAGAGAUAG